UUCUGUUGCAUUUUUUUUUUAAACUUUUUGCACGAAGAACUUAUUUCUAUUUUGGCGCAUUUGGUGACGGUUCGGCUGCCAUUGCUGGGAAUAAGCUUUUAAAAAUAUAAAAGUAUUUGUUUAACAGGAUUAUUUGCAUAAAGUAAAAAUAAACUGUAUGAAAUGGAUGAAGUGCGUGAAAUAACUAUACUUGUGAAAUGGAGCGGCAAGGAAUAUCCAAUUAAUGACCUGACAGAUCAGGACACUGUGGCUGUUUUACGCCAUGAAAUCUUCAAACGAACCCAAGUACGCCCAGAACGUCAGAAAUUGAUAAAUUUAAAGUAUAAAGCUAAACCAGCAGCGGAUGAUACUAAAAUUGGUUUAUUGGAGCUUAAACCAAAUUUUAAAUUAAUGAUGGUGGGCUCCACCGAAGCGGAUAUUGAAUCAGCUUGCCAACGUCCUAAUGAUGUCGAUGAUGUGUUAGAUGAUCUCGAUAUUGUGGUAGAAGAGAAAGCAUUUAGAAUUGAAAAUUCCAAAGUUUAUUUGUCAAAAAUACAACGCCGUAUACGUGAUUAUAAAAUUACUGAAAUUAAUCCACCACGCGACGGCAAACGUUUGUUGGUCUUAGAUAUUGAUUAUACACUUUUCGACCAUCGGUCAGCAGCUGAAUCUGGCGCCGAAUUAAUGCGACCGUAUUUACAUGAAUUUCUUGAAUCUGCAUAUGAACAUUAUGACAUUGUAAUAUGGUCGGCAACUGGUAUGCGAUGGAUUGAAGAAAAAAUGCGCCUAUUAGGUGUGACCACAAAUACCAAUUAUAAGAUUAUGUUUUACCUCGACUCAAAUGCAAUGAUAUCGGUACAUACAAGUGAUCGCGGUGUAAUAGAUGUGAAGCCUUUGGGUGUAAUAUGGGGUAUUUAUCCGCAAUAUAGCGCUAAAAACACAAUUAUGUUUGAUGAUAUACGUCGUAAUUUUAUAAUGAAUCCCAAGUCUGGCCUUAAAAUCAAACCAUUCCGUCAGGCGCAUUUAAAUCGCGACAAAGACGACGAAUUAUUAAAAUUAUCGAAGUAUUUGCGUGAUAUAGCUUUAAAUUGUGAGGAUUUUAACAAACUAAACCAUCGUAAAUGGGAAAGUUUUAAUCCAAAAAAAUGAAUUUUAGAUUUAAGUAUUUUGUUAAAAUAAUUGUAUUGUACUUUGUGUGUUUAUGAUUUGUUUCUUUAAUGUAAAUUUAGUUUGUAUACUUUUGCAGCAUUAAAAAUGAUGUCAUGAUUUAAAAUAAAAUUAUAAAAUCUAAGGCAUUGAAUAUAAAACUUAUUGUAAAAAAAUAAUUGCCAAAAAAAUUUAUUUCUUAUUGGUGAUAAAGUAUAAAAUGCAUUUAAUACGUUUUUAAUAAAUUAAUUAUAU